AUGAUUUAGGAAUUCUAGGAUUAAAACCCAUUGCUAUUCUAGAAACCUCCUGAUGUUAUGGCAGACAGUUUCACUUAGUUUUUCACUGAUAUUUAUGACUUGAUAAAGAGUCCAAGUGCCUCUACUCUCACUAAGUUAGUAGGGAACUUCUCCCUGUUCUGGUUGGUCCCACUUUCUGCUGGUUAUAUGAGACUAGAAGCUCACAAAUAAUACCUAGCUGAUAAAGAUACCUAUGAUGCUGCUAGUAUAACUGAAUAGCAAAUUUACUCUGAAACAUUCAGCACAAUUAAAGCCAAAUAUUGGGAACUGUUGGGAAAGAUGUGA